AUGUCUGCCAAGGUUAUCGUCGUCGGCGGUGGCCUGUCCGGUCUCUCGGCCGCCCACACCGUUCUCGAGCGUGGUGGCAACGUCCUCCUCCUCGACAAGAACUCGUUCAUGGGUGGUAACUCCACCAAGGCUACCUCUGGUAUCAACGGUGCCAACACCCAGGCUCAGCAGGACCUCGGCAUCCCCGACACCUCGGCCAAGUUCUUUGCCGACACCAAGAAGUCGGCUCGUGAGCUCGCCCGUGACGACCUGAUCCACGUCCUCACCUACCGUUCGGGUGACGCCGUCAACUGGCUCGUUGAGCGCUUCGACCUUGACCUCUCCAAGGUCUCGCGUCUUGGUGGCCACUCGGAGAAGCGCACCCACCGUGGUGGUGCCCAGUUCCCCGGUAUGACCAUCACCUACGCUCUCAUGGAGAAGCUCGAGGACAUUGCCGUUGCCAAGCCCGACCGUGCUCAGAUCAAGAAGAAGGCCAACGUCAAGCAGCUCCUCAAGGAGGGCGACAAGGUUGUUGGUGUCGAGUACACCCACAACGGCCAGACCCUCAAGGAGUACGGUGUUGUCAUCCUUGCCACUGGUGGUUACGCCGCCGACUUCACCGAGGACUCGCUCCUCAAGAAGUACCGCCCCGAGUACUUUGACCUGCCCACCACCAACGGUGACCACUGCACCGGUGACGGCCAGAAGAUGGCCAUGAAGAUCGGUGCCAAGGGUAUCGACCUCGAGAAGGUUCAGGUUCACCCCACCGGUCUCGUCGACCCCAAGGACCCCGAGGCCAAGGUCAAGUUCCUUGCCGCCGAGGCGCUCCGUGGUGUCGGUGGUCUCCUCAUUGACAACACUGGUAACCGUUUCGUCGACGAGCUCCAGCACCGUGACUUUGUCACCAACAAGAUGUGGGAGAACAACAAGUUCCCCGUCCGUCUCAUCCUCAACUCGGAGUCAUCCAAGGAGAUUGAGUGGCACUGCAAGCACUACGUUGGCCGUGGCCUCAUGAAGAAGUUCAACUCGGGUGCCGAGCUCGCCAAGGAGAUUGGCGUCGACCCCUCGGUGCUCAAGAAGACCUUUGACGACCACAACCGCUACUCCAAGGCCCCCGGCACCGACCCCUUCGGCAAGAAGUUCUUCUCGGGCGGUGACUUUAGCAUGGACGACUCGUUCAACGUCGCCCUCAUGACCCCCGUCCUCCACUACACCAUGGGUGGUCUCGAGAUUGGCCCCGACUCGGCCGUCCACGGCGAGAACGCCGCCCCCGUUCCCGGCCUCUACGCAUGUGGUGAGGUUGCCGGCGGUGUCCACGGUGCCAACCGUCUCGGUGGCUCGUCGCUCCUUGGCUGUGUCGUCUUCGGCCGUGUCGCCGGUGACUCGGCCUCGUCGUACCUCCUCUCGGAGCUCACCGGCGAGCGCGCUGCCGGCCGUCUCGCCACCAUCGGCGACCACCUCCUCGAGACCAAGAUCCGCGUCGACCCCGCCUCCAAGGCCGUCAACCUGGAGUUCUCGUGGGCCGGUUCGGGCUCGGCCGCCCCCGUCGUCGCUUCGGCCCCCGCCCCCGCCGCUGCCCCCGUCGCUGCUGCUGCUGCUGCCCCCGCCGCUGAGGCCGCCCCCGCCGCUGCUCCCGCCCCCAAGUCGGGCGAGUACACCGUCGAGGAGGUUGCCAAGCACAACAAGGAGAACGACUGCUGGGUCAUCAUCGGCAACGACGUCCUCGACGUCACCUCCUUCCUGAAUGACCACCCCGGAGGUGCCAAGGCCAUCCUUCUCUACGCCGGCCGCGACGCCACCGAGGAGUUUGAGAUGAUCCACCCUUCGGACGUCAUCCAGAAGUACGCACCCGAGUGUGUCAUCGGUACCGUGAAGAAGUAA